ACUAGGAAAAACUUGUCAAAACAAAAGUGACAUUGCAAAUUCUGUCCAGUUGUGCUCGUAUGACAAUUUUCUUGGCCAUUUAAAUACGAAUACAGGGAUUGUCACCGCAUAAAGUGUUGCAAGACAGACGCUAGAAAGAUUACUAGACAGCAGCAACUAAACUAUGUCAGAGCCCCUUACAUUACCACCUUGUCGAGUGUGUGGAGGAACAGCCACAGGAAUUCAUUAUGGUGUCAACACAUGUGAAGCUUGCAAGGCAUUUUUCCGGAGGUCUUUGGUAGAAAACAACAAGUAUGUUUGCCCAAGAGAUGGUGACUGUAAGAUUAUCAACCACAAAAGAGCCAACUGUUCUGCCUGUAGACUUAAAAAAUGUCUGGAGUUGGGAAUGUCCAAAAAAGCUGUGCGUCAUGGUCGAUACACUGUUGCAAUUAGAACCAAGACCAUUUUGGAAGUUAAACAACUUGAGAGGGAACAGGCAUUGAAAGAUAGCUUUGCCCUGGCAGAUUCAUUUGCAAAGAAGUUACCAGAAAUUAUAUCAGUACCAAAAAGUAACCCAGUUCCAGAUUCAUCAGUAAAUGAUAGCAUUAUCUCCUCCAUUAUAGAGAGUUCAGACAAUUCAUCCUCCUUGAUAGAGAGUACAAAUUUCACAUCAAAUGACACUUUACAAUCAUCAGUUAUAGGCAGUAGUCUGAUGUCUGUCAGCAAUUCCUUACAUUCUGCCAUUGGAAAUAUUCCUGAAAACAUGACAUCACUUGAACCAUCAUCUGUGUUUUCCCCAAUUGAAACCAAUAAAAUAUUUACAGACAUGAAUAGCAUUGACAUUCUAAAUACAAUUGACCUUGACAUUACUAAUGAGAAUAUUGAAAUAUCUGGAUCAGAUGUGUUCUUAAAUGGGCUUACUUCACAAACAGUUGACAUUGACUUAACAUCUGAUAAGAUAGACUUCUUGGAAAUUAAUCCAGAUGAAUUGAUAGAUCUGACGCAAGAAGUUGUUGACGUUUUUGCAUCCCAGACUACAACCACCACUGAAAUACCACAACAGCAGAGUCCACAGAGCAUAGCCAGUAGCCCCAGCAGUGUGCAACAGUAUAGUCCAGAUACUACCACAUUAGAUGAGAGUAUGUCAUCACAGUUUGGAUCUCCAAGUACAUCAAGCAUUGAAUUAGUGUCAAAUGCAAGUAGUUCUCCAUCACAGAAGAAUCCGCGUUCAUCAUUUGAGCUAGAGGAUUAUCACAUGACGCCUCGACCACAAAAGAAGCUACGAGCCUCUUUUAACUUAGCAGAUGACAUGGAACAACUACAAUUGAUAAAUACCAUGGUUUCUGCACAAGAGAUAUUAUAUCCUGAAAUGAGGAAAUAUUUCAACAAAGAGUACACAGAGGUCAUUCACAGGGAAUUCUGGGAGAAAACCCAGUUACAGAAUGAACUAUUUGGUCAAUUGAAGAGUUUGUCAACAACUGAAUACAACAACUUUUUCUUAGUGACUGGGAUUGAUAUUGAUGGUCGUAGGGGCAUGUUUACCAAGGUUGCAGAAUGUAUGCAGAAAGAAAUCGUCAAAUAUAUUUCCUUUGUCAAGUCAAUACCUGGUUGGGAGCAUAUUCAUAAUAGUGAUAAACUGACACUAAUCAAAGCUUCAAGAUUUGAAUACUGGUUGCUUGGAAAGUUCCUGUCAAUAAAUCCUGAUAUGAAAUUUACAGCUGAUGAAAAAUGUGGAUAUACCCACACACAAGUUGAACAAAUGUGGGGUAGUCCUGAAAAUAUUGAAACUGUAAAUAACUUCACAAGGAAGCUAAAGAAACUUGAUUUGACAUUUGAGGAGAUUGCUUUGCUUAGAGGAGUUAUUGUUCUUUCUAGAGAUCGUUGUGCCCUUCGUGAACCAGAACUUGUUGAGAAAAUGCAAUGGAAAAUCUUACAAUCUUUUAUUUACCUUGUGAAAAAGACGCAUCCAAAUGAACAGUUAAGGUUUGCUCGUUGUAUGGACAAACUUACACAAUUGAGAGAACUUACAGAGGUUAACUACAAAGCAAACAAAAACCUAGAGAACUUCCAAAAGUCUUUGAUUCAGAAUUAUCCAUUGUUGUAUGAAUGUCUAACUUAUGAAGGUUAAAUAAGUUGACAAAUAGAGGACAUAGAAUUUUGAAAUGUUAAAGAUUUGUGUGCAUUUGUUAGAUUAAAUCAUGUUAAUGCUACCUGUUUUGAAAAUGGGCGUCAUCUUUUAGUGCUAAAACAUAGAGAAAAGUACAUCUCAAAGUUUAAAUUUACUUUUGUACCGUUACUUUUCAGAAGAUAGUUAUUUAUGGUUUAAUGUUACAUUUAAUACCGGCUAUUGUCUUAUACAUUUUUGCUCUAUCUCAUUUUAUUAAAAAUUUCACUAUUGAAUAGUGAAAUGUUCUGAACAUAAGUACUUAACAUUCUUUUUUUGUUUUUGAUUAAUGUAAUUUAUAGAAAUAAAUGGAGCAGGUCUUGGUAACUCCAAAUUUUAAACCAUGUUUAAUUUUUCUGAUAUUUACACCAUGGUAUAUAUAUUUUUACAUACAUGAUCUGCCUAAGUUUUAUUAAAAUUUCCUGUUGAAUUUCUUAAUGGAGAAUUAUAAAAUAUAGAUUUUUGAUAUAUAUUUUAUUAGGUUUCCCUCCUUGCAAAAAAAGCAUUUUUGACACUUUUGUAACUUGAAAUCAUUUAAUUGGUAGAAGAAGGAUUUUGAAUAAAUCUUUCCUGGAUUAUAUUUGUUGCUCGUGAUUCUGUGACCUUGGUUGUCAUUUAAAAAAUUCUCUUCAUUUAAGUAUAGUCUGCCAUAAUUUAUAUUCUUGUAUUAUUUGAUUUCCUUAUAUGAAGAUUAUACUAGAAUGGCAUCUUAUUUAUUUUUAUUUUUCAUUGAUUAGAAAACUUUAUUUUAUUUAUGAUAAAAAAUAUGAUGAAGAAGGUGAAUUGAAAAGGUCAAAUGCUUCAUAUUUUCACAUAGAAUGCUGGAAUACAUUCAAGAAUGUCAAUUUCUGUGACAAAUAAAGCUGACAAUUAUAAAUAUAUAAAUUAUUCAAAUUUGAAUAUUAAAUGCAAUAUGAAAACAAUAUACAUAAAUUGUUGGAAAAUAUAUAAUUUAUUUUUUAAUUGCUACAAAACAAAAGAAAAGCUCACUGAGCCUGCCUUUGCCUUCUGUUUCUGAAACUUGUACAAACUUUUUUUAUAUUUUGUGACAUUGCAUACAUUUUGUAUAUAAAUAACCAUUGAAAAUAUUUAUACUUUCUCCUAACACUAUUCAACCUGUAGUUCAUUGCUUAACUCGAUGUUAUAUUAAUGUGUUAUAUAAAGUGCUAUAUAUAUUUUUUGAAAAUAAGUGUAUAGAUUUGUUAAGGGGGACUUGCUUCAAUGUUUUGGGGCUCAGGUACUUAGGUCCUGGAGCAAUUAGUAUUUUUUUGAAUUGAAAAUGUCUAUCUAUGACCCCCUUUAUAACAAGUCUGCAGCGUAAAUACCCAUGGUAUUGUUAAAGUAUGUAAAAUUCUACAAUUAUAUCAUUUGUAAACUGACUUGAUUCCAGUUAAUUAAGUAAGAAUUAUAUAUAAAAAAAUGUUCUAUAUAAAUAAAAAGGAUCACAUUCACACAUUCAUUGACCUUACACAAUUGUAGGGUAAUCCAUUAUCAAAAGGCUUUUCCCAUUUAUAUUAUAUGUUGAAACUAGACAUUAGGAUAGUAGAGGUAACUUUUCUCUUUAUACUGAUCAUGCUGUGGCAAAAGAAGUAAGUGCAUGUUUUCUUUUAGAAUGUUUUUUUUUUAUGUAAAUACGAGGAUCUGCAUUUGUUUUCAGUGUGAUAAUCGUUUUUGUAUUGAAGAGUGAUAACUUUAUUACUGACAUUAAAAUAUGAAUAAUAUGGUUACAAUUACCUGAUUUUUACAAUUUGAUCAUUUGAUUACAAUUUAUGCAGAAAUUAACUUAACUUAACUUCAAAAUUUGCCCAAAAGAUUAUGGUCAGUUCCAGAAAUUUGGGAUGGUAAGGCAACCUAAAACAGAGAUAUUUUAUUUUGCCUAAUGUUGUUAGAAAAUUAUAGUUACCUUGUUGUAUAUAAUAAAUAUGAAAUAUAUAAUACUUCAGAUUUAGUGAACAGUUUUAAGAGUAUGUCUCAAAAGGCUUGCUGGUUUGUUGUUGCUUUUGUUCUUUUUAGAGAGUUGUAUGUUUACACAAUGUUAAACUGUUAUAAUAUAUAUAUUAAUUUGAGAAAAAAAUUAUAUGAAAUGUUUUUGUUGUAAUUUGCUAUCUAUUUUUCAAUAAAAUUAACCAUUGUGAUUGUA